UUUAUGCAACAACAAUCCAAGGACGCAUGCCCAAACGGAAGCUAAGUUCCCAUUCACGACCCAUAUAACAAGCUACACCCAGUAAGAAAUGAAGGACAAUCAUUUCGUAAGGGUCACCAUUAUAAAGCCAUUCAUCAAGUGAAGCUGCUUCCCAUAUAGGAUACAAAUGUAAGCCUAUAGCUGCUGAUAGCUAUUCACAUUUUUGUGUGUACGAUUCCGCUUUAAUCUAAGGAUGGCGGACACUGGGCAGUAUCCAGGUUUUGAGCGAGUUUGCUAUAACUGCAGGCAGCCGGACCAUUUCGCCCGUAACUGCCCUUAUUCGAGACACGAUGGCCUCAUCUCGGGGGUCCCUAUUUCUCGUCCCACCAUUCCCCCAUCCUACCCUCCUCCCCAAACUUACACCCAGACGACCUAUGCACCUUUUGCCCCUCUGCUUCCUUCACCUCAAGCCCCGCCACCCCAGCAAACAACCUCCUCUCCCAACUUUUCCAACUCCAACGCUAUUGUUUCGUUUCGUCCCCCUGCCGUCCCAUCCCAAGCUGCUCCCUGGGGACCUAGACCUAGGAGUAACAACGCCGAAGUUGUGUCCCUCCUCAGAGAACUGGUGAACGAGCGUAGGGAAGAGAGGGACAGACGACGCGAGGAGGAAGAGCGCCACAGGAAGGAAGAGCAGGCAAGAAUUAUGAAGGAGGAAAAGAAGAAAAAUCUUGAAGAGGAGGAAGCACAGCAAGCUGAGAAGAAAGCAAGGAUGGCUAGAAUGAUUAAUGCGAAAAUGGAGGAACUCGAAAUGCAACAUCAAGCCAGGACGGAAGAAGAAAACAAGAAGAUGUGGAAGGAGAUCGAGAGAGUAGUUGGAGAUCCCAUGCGAGCACACCAUGCCAGACGCCGAUGCGUUUCUCCAACCCGACGAGGAGUUGAGGAUGAACCUUUGGGUUUCGAUCGUGUGAUCCUAGGAAAGAAAGUUGUUGUUGCCUCUGCCGGAAAGGAAGGUCGUGCCAAGUAUAUCGAAGAUUUCAAGAAGGAACUUCUGACGAAAUCCAAGUAUCAGUUGGAGUCGCUCUGCAAGGCGGAUCAGAUCAAGUAUUUCAAAAAAAAGCAAGCAUCUACGGAUCUCGCGGAGAUUGGAGCCCGUGAUGCCUACGGCGACGAAUCAGAGGAAGAGGGACUUGACAACAUCGCUGCUGACGCCCAAGAGGAGAAUCCCUCUUGAUGAUCUAUUGAUCUGGCGUAUGUCCGGUUGCUUUGGCAAAAUACGUGCCAACUACGGAUUC